AUGGCGCUGUCAUCCAUUCGGUGCCUGUUGGCAAAAAAUCCCACGGUUCUCCCAAUCUGGCAUUGUGGUUUCGAUGAUCUGAAUCCUUGCGAGCCACCUUAUGCGCGCAAUUCACUCAAUCGUCUGUUUGGUCCACCUCGUUGUGUAACAGUGAGUGUUGGUACGCCAUUCAAAGUGGGUGGUAUUCUCCGAAGAACCAACGACACCGGAGGUGCACUUUAUUCUCGCCUUACGACUGUGGUGCAGAAGGCGCUCUAUCGUCUGAAGGCAGUGGCCGAGGCUGAACACGCCAAACACAUCCUACCUAACACAUUUAGACGCAAAAUCUGGACACGUCCUAACCACUUCUGA